CUUCCACAAAACUUCCGCCUUUUUCCAGGCUCUUGGUGCGCUUGCGCCCGUCCGGCUGCUUCCCGGCAGGAGCCAGGCCGCGGUGAUGCAAAGGCGGGCGCGCUGUCAAGGCGUCACGGAGGCCGCUGCCAGCUGUCGUGCGCGGUGGGGUCGCCCUCCUCCGCGGCCCCUGGCCCGUCGCCACUGAGGCGGCGACCGCAGCGAGCGGGGGAUGUGAUUCCCUCUCUCUCUGCCCCUCUUGGUGUCCGCAGGAUGGCGGCGGGGUCGUCGGUGGUAGAGGCGCUGGGCCGGCUGUGGCAGGUGGAGGCCCCUCUGGGCAGUGGGGCCUCGGCCGCAGUCUUCCAGGCGCGCUGCCUCGGCGACCCCUGCGCCCCGCUGGCCGCCAUCAAGCAGUUUCUCCCACCAGGGUCCGGGUUGUUGGCACUUGGCGGCGGCGGCGGCGAUCACGGCUUCAGCAAGGAGCGUGCCGCGCUGGAAGAGCUGCGGGGCCACCGCAACAUCGUAACCUUAUACAGUGUGUUCACCAACUGUUCUUCUGCCAAAGGCCCAUCGUGUUGCCUUUUAUUAGAGUUGCUGGAUAUCAGUGUGUCAGAAUUGCUUGUGCAUUCUAGUCAGCAUGGCUGUUCUAUGUGGAUCACUCAGCAUUGUGCACGGGACGUCCUGGAAGCCCUGACAUACCUCCACCAUAAAGGUUAUGUGCAUGCAGACCUGAAACCACGCAACAUUCUGUGGAGUGCAGAGGAAGAGUGCUUCAAGCUCAUUGAUUUUGGCCUCAGCUUCAAGGAGGGGAAUCAGGAUGUGAAAUACAUCCAAACCGAUGGGUACCGAGCGCCUGAGGCUGAGCUACAGAACUAUCUAUCCAAGGCUGGAGUACAGGGUGGAACUGAAUGUACUUCUGCUGUGGAUCUUUGGAGUCUUGGAAUAGUAUUACUGGAGAUGUUCUCAGGAAUGAAACUGAAACAUAUUGUCCAGUCUCAGGAAUGGAGGGCAAAUAAUUCUGCCAUUAUUGAUCACAUUUUUGCCAGCAAAAGUGUGGUAAAUUCUGCCAUCCCAGCCUAUCACCUCAGAGACCUCCUCAAAAGCAUGCUUCAUGACGACCAAGAAAAAAGAGCUACUGCUGCAAAGGCCUUGUGUAGUCCUUUCUUCAGCAUUCCUUUUGCUCCCCAUAUUGAAGAUUUGGUGAUGCUUCCCACUCCAGUGCUAAGAUUGCUAAAUAUUUUGAGUGAUACUUCUCUUCAAAAUGAAGAAGAAUUUGAAGAUGUAGUGGAUGACAUAAGAGAAGAAUGUUCCAAAUAUGGACAAAUAGUUUCCUUGUUUGUUCCAAAGGAAAAUCCAGGAAAAGGACAUGUUUUUGUGGAGUAUGCCAAUGCUGGUGAUUCCAAAGCUGCCCAAAGAGCACUGACUGGGAAGAGAUUCAAUGGCAAGUUUGUUGUGGCUACGUUUUAUCCACUGAGUGCCUAUCGGCGGGGAUAUCUUUACCAAACUGUGCUUUAGUCUGGAAGAUGCACAUAUAAAAAACUAUGUCACUUUGCCAGAAUGUUUUCCAGAGUUGGAAUCUAUCUGAAUCCUCUUUCAUUUCCUUUCUAUGAGCUGCACAAAGGUUUUCUUUUACUACAUGUGAAUUUGCUUCUGUCUCUUUUUUUAUUUUUCUGUGGCAACUAAAACUCUAGAGAAUGAGCGCUGAAAUUAAAGCAAAGAAGAGUUCAAUCUGACAGAAACCGAGUUUCAGCUGAUAGUUGUAACUGUGAACUCAGAGCCUCCAAGCACUGAUUGAUGGUGUGUUUGUUGCUGUUGAUACAGCAUCCCUGGAGCCCCCCCCCCCCCCCCAUGCUACAAACCCUGGGAGAAAAGCAGUGCUUUUCCUGCUGGAGAGAAUUAAGGUUACAAAUCAUAGCCAGCUGUCUAUGCCUUUAUGUACCAGACCCGAGCAUAUAAGGUCCUCUGCAGAAUCCCUGGCGUUUGCUAUAGUGCUAUCUUCUCAUUAGAAGACAAUCCCCCUUGCAGCAGGGGAUGGGUGGACUUAAUUCAGUUGUGCUUGGAAGCCAUAGGCAAGCUAGAGCCAGUGACAGUCUUGCUUGCACAUAUAGCCCCAGCUGCAUCUUCUAAUGUGCACAACCCUUUCUAUGGGGAAUAAGGCUAGACUGCUAUGUUAAGGCACAUUUCAGUUAACAGAAUACUAGAGCUUAUUGCCAAAAUACUUUAUUGGGAAAAGGCCUUAUUUUAAAGGCAAACCUGAUUUGUACAUCCUGCACUAAAUAUAUGACAGACAGAGCUAUGUAGUUUUUGUGACCAGAAGGAAGACUCAUAGCGAAAAUAUCCAUAAUUUGGGAGGGGUUGCCAGGAAUUUCUUGCAGCUAAAAGUCUCUUAACAGGGAGUUUUAAUAUCAACAGCGCUUCCCAGCUUCAUCAGUGUUACCUAGGCAGGUUGAUGCAUAGAAUUCCAUUCUUCAUAUACUGAUGUAACAUGUCACUGAUUCUUCCUGGGCGGGGUUGCUUUCCUGAGCCAAUUCAAAGAUAUUUUGAUAGAAAAGAAGACUUACCUUGGUAAAAAUGCUUGGCACUUUUAAAGUUUGACAAUUGGUCCUUCCAUCUCAGGGCUUCUGAUUUUAUGUUAUCAUGUUACAUACUUUUCCCGUCUUCCUUGACUUGUGCCCGUGGGAGUGAACAUGUGCUGUGCUUCAUUUCUAAUUUGUAUCACUAUGGCUAGUUCUGCCCCCCCCAUGCCCCCAAGUUUUGUGUGUAUGUAUCUGGGUGUUGCUUAGAACUUCUCACGCUGUGUCUCACAAGUGGUUUGGGAAAGGACAUGAAAGUAAAAAAGGGACAGUUCAUUUAAAAUGUAAAUCUUCCCUCUACCUUUUUAUUUUUAAAAUACUUGUAUUCAGAAGCUUGUACUCACAAGUUUUGAUAAUGUUUGCAAGCAUGCAUAACUGGAUUUUUCUCAUAGAUGCAGAGAUUUCUUCUUGCAGUCACUCUUGCAAUCACCAACAGAGGCUCAUUUGUCUUUACAAGAAGUAAAAUAAUAGGAGUGAAUAUUCCACAAAGUUUUUGAACUUCCUUUUUCUAGCCCCAGAACUCCCCUCUACUACUUGCUACUGAAAUGUAGCAAGACUGUGAUGACACAGUCUCCCACAAUUUUCACUGGGAAGUUAGAGGAAAUAGGUGUAUAAGGGUCUAAGCGGUUUACUGCAUCUAUACAAGUUUUAAAAAAUACAGAAGAACAUAAAAAGUCAAUAAAAUAAUGAGCAGGAAUCCUGCCCCUUCUAAUGAUGCCAUGAUACUAAGAUUCUGCAUCCUGUCGUCCUCAGUAGAUUAAAAAAAAAAUUAACUGCAGUUCAGAAGUUGGCAAUUUGUGCAACAGAGAGGAAAUGUUUGCCUACUAGAAACCUAGAAUGUAAUUCCAAAAUUGCACCUUUUCAAGAAAAGAAAUUAAGAAGUUUGAGAUGCAGAAAGCACUAAUUUGUUCAUAAGAUCUCACAUUCUACAUUAAUGCAAUGUAAUCAUGGACUUGUAUUGAGACAUAGCCUUAACUUAUGAUUCUGUGUGACAAAAAAAUGAAAAUACACCUGCAAAAAUGAAUGGCUAUUAGUUAUAUAUUCUGACAUCUUGUUAUGUUUUUUGAAUUCUCCCUAUUUUGGAUCAGCUCAUUCAAACCUCAUCUGAUUUCUCCUCUUCCAAAGUUUGUCCUGGCCUUGGAUUUAACAAUGACCCAGCAUAGAACUGUUGCCCUGAUAGCCUAGUGAUUAAAUGUUUAGAGACCAUUUCAAGCCAAAGGUUGUAACUGCACUAAAACAUGAAAAUCAUACCGGUAUGCCAGGAUAGUGACUCACUUUGCAGAUGAAUACUGUAUACAAUUUUGCACUUGUCACUAGACCACACAGAACUGUGUUGUUGGUUAACUUCAGUCUGUUUGCUCUAAGAAAGAAAGUAGUAGUGCCUGUCUCACUGUAUUUGAUUGUUUCAGUGUUUUUACCCAUUUCCUUUGCAAACUGUUCUGUAAUCAACUGUUCUGUUCAUAUUAUUUAAGAUCUACUGCUCUGUGCACCACUGUUGAGCAGUUUGGCUUGCAAAAAUUCAUUUUUGAAUAAAGAAUAAAAAGAAUGUGUUCCAGCAUU